GGCUAUCACACAGAUGAUACCAUCGACAGUCGGUAUCCACCCCCUGAUAAAAAAAAACUUGUCAGGCUUCAGAGGCACCACACACUGGCACAAGAUCCCCACUCCAGUGUUGGCCUGCCUCCAAUUCACUCAAGUAUAACAGUUGGCAGCCGUGCUGUGAAUGUCAUAAGCAGCCACUCAAAUCAGGCCAUUCGCCAUCCAUAAGUGAUUACUCCAAAUGCUAAGAAAAAUGGCAAGCGCGUCUCAAUUCAAACGCCUCGUGCGGUUCAUCCCACGGUCCGACUCAUCCAAGAUUCUCAUCGGACAGCCACAAGAUGAGAGCAUUGAUGUUGGCUUGGCGCUUCGAAAAGGCCAGGAUGUCUCGGUCGAUGUGUUCUCAGGAUCUUCAGUUCUUUCUGCAGGACAGCCAACAGGGACCAGUGCCAUCAUUGACAAGAUUCUUUCGCCGGUGUCCCAGACCGAAGCUGGCACCAUUCGAUGCAUUGGACUGAAUUAUAAGCAACAUGCGGCAGAAGUAGGCAUGGCUUUGCCGUCUGUGCCCACGGUAUUCUUGAAACCGGAUACUUCGUUGGCAGAUCCAUGGCCCGCGCCCACUAUCCUCCCCAAGUUGACAUAUCAAGAUGAUUGUGGUGACUAUGAAUCCGAACUUGCGGUCAUCAUUGGCAAGACGGCCAAGAAUGUAUCUGAGGCAGAUGCACUCGACUAUGUUCUGGGCUACACUGCAGCCAACGACGUGUCCAGUCGAACAAGUCAAUUUGCCCAGAGUCAAUGGAGUUUCUCAAAGGGAUUCGACGGAGCUUGUCCCAUUGGUCCUACCAUCGUCUCCAAAAGCCUCAUCCCCGAUCCUUCAAAGCUACAUCUGCGUGGAAUUAAGAAUGGAGACCAAGUCCUGCAGGACGGAGGUGUUGACGACUUGAUCUUCUCCGUCCCCCAGAUCGUCAGCUUCCUUUCUCAAGGAACGACCCUCCGACCUGGAACCGUCAUUGUCACCGGAACUCCCGCUGGAGUUGGCGUUGGUCGGAAACCAAAGGUGACGCUCAAGGAAGGCGACGAGUUCGCUGUAGAGAUCUUGCCUCAUAUUGGAACUCUAGUCAAUGUUUUUGAGAAUGAGAAAUGAGACAGCAGGAGAUAUUUGAAGUAUCCCCAUAUCUGGUUAAAUCUGAGAUGACCAUCCC